AUGGAUCCCUCCCAAGAGUUGGACCAGGAGGUUCCUGAAUAUCUCCGUAUCUACAAAGAUGGCCGCGUAGAGAGGCUGAAGGGCAACGAGAGGGUCCCUCCCUCCAACGACCAUCAUGCCACCGGCGUCUCCUCUAAGGACUUCCUCAUCAACCCCGCAACCGGCCUCUCCGCCCGCAUUUACCUCCCCCCACUUUCCGGCAACCACCGCAGUCCACUCUUAGUCUACUUUCAUGGUGGUGGCUUCUGCAUCAAGUCUGCCUUCUCCCCUCUCUACCACAACUACAUCUCCCUUGUCACCGAGUCCGGUGCCGUUGCCGUCUCCAUCGAGUACCGCCUGGCUCCGGAGCAUCCCGUCCCCACCUCCCACCACGACUGUUGGGAAGCCUUCCAGUGGGUGGUGUCCCAAACAGGGCCUGGUGCUGAGCCGUGGAUCGCUGAUCAUGCCGACUUGGGCCACGUCGUGGUUGCUGGAGACAGCGCCGGCGGCAACCUCGCCUACCAUGUGGCCAUAAGUGCCGGCGGCGCCUCUGCAGCUCUUGGAUCUGGUCGAGCCCUUGAAGAUCCGGUAAAGCUUCAAGGAGUCAUUUUGGUGCACCCUUUCUUCUGGUACGAGUAG